CAUUAGCUUGAGUGGGGCUGGUGUAGCGACCACAGAGCCGGAAUGGAGUAGAUUCACAGUGAGGCGUUGCCGAUGUAUAAAGAAAAAGUCCACUGUCUUGUGAGGUUUGUUUACUUCCGCCAGAACCUCAACUGCACGUGUAGUAGCUGUGUGUACUACAGGGCAUGGCUGCCCCCGACUCCAUUAAACCCUUCAGCCCAGAGGAGACUCAGAGGAUUCUGCAUCAUCUGCAGCAGCCCGCAGUCUUCAUGAACAUGACCUGUGGCUGGCCUGUUCUCCACUGGACUGCAGAGCACCUGUCUGACUGCCUUGGUGACAAACUCGUCCGAUUCAGACUUGGGAGAAAAAAGGAGACACACACACCUCUGUUUGAAACCCAGUGUUCCUAUGUGGAGGCCAAACUGGCGCACUUUCUCAGCUGGACCCGGGACCAGGCUGGGACAGAUGUAGGGCCUUUCUUUGAAUACCCCAAAUCAGAGUAUUGGGCCUAUGCUGACUACAAAUACAUCGCCAUAUUGUUUCAAGAUAAGCCUUCCAUGUUUGAGGAUAUAAAGUGGUCCGAGUUUGGUUUUGAGGGACGUAAUGGGAGAGAAAGUACCUUAUGGAUGGGCACAGAGGGGGCCAACACGCCAUGCCACCUGGACUCUUAUGGCUGUAACCUGGUACUGCAGGUACAUGGACGGAAGCGCUGGCACCUUUUUCCUCCAGAGGACACUGAUAACCUCUACCCAACCAGGAUCCCCUAUGAGGAGUCCAGUGUCUUCAGCCAGGUGGAUGUUCUCCAUCCAGACCUGAGGAGGUUCCCUGCCUUUCAGGGAGCCAGGGCCCACACCGUCACUCUGCAGCCAGGACAGGUGCUUUAUGUCCCCAGACACUGGUGGCACUAUGUGGAGUCAGUGGAUCCCAUCACUGUCAGCGUCAACUCCUGGAUCGAGUUGGAAGUGGAUGACGUGGCAAGAGUCAGUGAAGCUGUGACCAAGGCUGUUGUCUCUGCCCUUAAAAGCGCACCAUGUGAUGACAACACUGACAACUGGCUCAACCCCACUGAGGAAGGAGUAGCAUCCCAUAAUGACAACAUGCAGUAUGUGAACCUAGCAGUGAGAGCUUCUGCUCAAAGACAGAGGGGCCUCUGCCACAGCAAAAUGACCCAGGACCCGAGAGACACCUGUCCAGUCAAGCGGGACUCUAGAGGACAAAUCAUAAAAAACAACGAUUUGGUCAGGCAUUCUGUGCCCUUCAAUGUUCCCUUUGGACCACAUCUCAUCCCUGUACGCUGUCAGCAAGAGUACUCGCUAGAAGCGAGGGGGAUGACCACUAAAGAUCUGGAGUUCAAAUUAUCCAGGAACUGUUAUGUCCAAACUCCAGAUGACUGCACUGCUAGCUCAGAUGCAGCACUGAGAACCAAGCUUGCAUCUGCUGUUAGACUCCACCAGGGAAAAUAUGAAUGUAGCCCUGGUUUAACUCAAUGUAGACCAUGUGACUGUGUGGAUGUGACAUCAGAGAACUCUUCAGAGGAUUAUGAGGAACCAGUACACACAACAAUAACCACUAAUGACCUGUUAGACUGCCUGGUGCAUCCUGAUAUCAUCGCCCAUGUCACUAAGCUUUUACUGGAACGGCACACAGGAAGUCACAGGACCACUACACCAUCCUAGCUUUAAUAUUCACCAGCCGUAAACAACAUAUAAUAAUCCCAAAGAGGAAGAAAAGCUCCUCAUUGGUCCUAGCUUCAGGAGCAAUUUAGAAUGCUUUAUCUGAAAAUAUCAGGAUAAGGUUGUCUUAGCUUUUCUACUCUGGAUGUCUUACUGGAGUUUGCAGUGAUAGAGAGCUGUGGAAAAAAAAAAGCAAAAGAUCCUUGGCUGCAGAAAUCCACCCUCCAAGCUACCGGUAUUAUUUUGGUGUCAUCAAGUGAGAGAGGAAAGAUGAAGAUCAACGCAGACCAUCGGCCUACUUUUCUCUCUCCUCUCAUCUAUCAAGGUCCUCCUGAGAUUAACCCCAGAUGUGGGAAGUCACAACCAGAACUAAUCGUAAUGUGAUGAGUGACGCCAUUAAGUGGCUCUAACAUUUCCUUGUUUGGUUGUCCUGCACAUACUAAUCCUGUUUGGUUCUUCCAGAGUAAGCAAAAUGACCACCUAAAUCAAUUUAGUAUGCUAAUAAGCCACAUAAUUCAAGGUAAUAUUCCUGAGAUGUGAACAUUUGUUUUCUGCAUAAUGUUUCCCUGUCAUUUACUAAUGAAAAUUGCCAUUGAAAAACCAGAAGGCUGAUCGUAAUGGUUUGGUGAUUGAUUGAAGCUGUGUAAUGAGCACUGAGUGAAAUGGGUCUGUUUGAAUACAGUCUGCCGCCACAGGUCACACAUCUUUGAGAGAAAGGAAGGUUGCACAUGUACAAUAAAUGUAACUUCCACUAACAAUGUCUGCUAAA